AUGGGUGCUUCAAUUAGGGUUAGGUUGAACGACAAUGUUUUGGACGCAUGUCACUCCUAUCGUGCGGCCUCAUCGGCAAUUAGCAGUCAAGUUGAUUUUGCUGAAGCUAAAGACAUGGCAAGUUAUCACUACAAUGCUCUAUCAAAACUGAACAUUCGGCAGGGCAAAAUCUCCCCCAACGACUUUGAUGCUCACUUUGAUCCGUUUCAUCUCGCAAUAGAACUCUUCGUUGCGAUGGUUGAUUUUGCAUACUUAAAAGACUACUUCGAAGAAAGCAGCAUCUUAUCUCUCCACAGUUCGACGCGCAAUCUCUGGCAAUCACUUUCUUGCUUCCUAAAGUGGAUUCUUUUAUACCGUAUUUAG